ACUUCCUGCUUUCACGAAGAAGACCGAGAAAUUCAGGCUCUUAACCCAAAAGUAGUUUUUCUGCUGAACCGUUUGACCUCGAAAAGGCAGAAGUGGACACAAAGACAGAAUGUCUCUUAUGGAGCACAGUGCCGUCCGGCCGGUCACGGCAGUGGCGUGGACCUCCAACAGCAGCACCUGCCCCAAAGAUUUCACUCUGAUCAGCAUCACAGAAGACGGCGCUACAGCAAACUUUACACGCAGCUUUGCGAUGAAAUCUGGAUAUUACCUCUGUUACAGCAAGGACUUGAAAGGCGGGAUGGUAGUGUCGGACAUUCAGCUUAUUUCAGACAAGGACUCUAUUCCUCACGGUUAUUGCUUCAUAGCAGAACACCUUGAAGCGAAGGCCUCAGUUUGGAAGAAGAAGCGCGUGUGUGUACGCAUGGUCCCGGUGGGCAGUGUGGACACAGCUGUGUUGGAUAUCAAAGUGACCGCCAAAAGCAAAAUGAUGUUGCAGCAUUACACAUAUGUGGGAGAUGUCCAUGGCUACGUGCUGUGGUGCAGAAAGGGACAUUUCUCCAACCCCAUGCCCCAAGCUAAGCCCCGCAGUGUGAGCCUGAACCUCCACCAACUCUCAAUUGACCAGCCGGUCGCUCCCCUGCCCCUCACACCCAGCAACCCUCCUCCUCCACUGCCGAAUAACAAAUUGAGCCAGAGACGCCAUAGCCUCCACAACAAAGAUACUGGAGACAAAUGUGCUGACGGCAGCAUCCCGGGACUCACAGCUCUAGAUGGAGUUCCCUUUAGCCUUCACCCAAAGUUUGAUAUCCAGGCAAACGGCACGGCACUUCAACUGAAUUCCCAAUUGAACAACAUUCGUAUAAAGUCUCUCCAAGACAUUAAAAACGAGUAUAACUACACUUUUGCAGUGGAGGAAUCUGCUGCCAAGAGGAUCCGACCAUCAGUGCCAGCAGAAGGCGUCCCAUCAGCUCAGUGAUACUCAGUUUAAGAUUUGACAAAUCAAAAAUAUCAGACGACAUAUUUUUGCUCUGUCCAAAUGUGUCCAGUGUGACAUGCAACAUCCAGCUACAUUAUUUAUCAUAACGGUCAAUUAUCAGAUUGUCUAAAGGGAGAUUUAUACUUGAGACAAUCAUGCUCCGGAGAGCUUGUCUGACUUUGCAUUCCUUUUUAUUUCCUAUCAUGUAAAGUGUUUACUCCGUUGUUACCAUCUUCAAGAAUUCCAAGCUUUUCUGAAUGGAUUUAUACUUGUACAGAGGUUUGUCUUGAAAUGGCUUUACACUGUUAAAGUGUUAAAGAUGUAAUGUAUAAAUCUACUGUUUUGGGCCUACUAAUCUACAGUCUGACUUUAUAUGCUCAAUUUCCAAAUGAGUAGUUGUCAAAAACACGCACUUGCCAUUGCAGAUGUGUCUAAUCUCCUUCAAUACUACUCAUCCUUAUCCAUUUGGGCCAUUAAGAGGUUUUUUUAAGCAGAGCUGUGUUGAGCAAUGAUGGAAGCAUUUUGCUGGAGACGUUUAACUGAACUCACUAGACACUACAAUAUCUUAAUGUAGGAUUAAGUGUAUGAAGAGUAGCCUUCAACUACACGUUUGUUUUAUUCCCCCUGCAAAAUAACAUAUCCUAUUUUAGGGUUCAUGGAGGAAGGUUGUAUAUUUAGCUUUGUGUUAGUCAUAUUUAAACAAGAUAGGUUUGAAAAUAGUUUUUGUUGUUGUAUCUAUUAGGUGGAACGAAGACCAAAUAUUUAUCUUUUCAUUGUACAAUAUAUAAAGUUUUGUUUUUUUAUGGUCUGUAUAGCAAGAUUGCAUGGUAAAUAAUAAAAACUUAAGAAGCAUCAAAAAGUAA